CCGGCCGUGCGCGCGCGCUCCUCUCUGGGCCGCUGCGGGGUGAGGAGGCCGCGGUUCGCUCCAGCGCCGGUGUUCGCCGCCAGGUAGGGAAGAUGCAGGGCAACAAGGGCUUUAACAUGGAGAAGCAGAACCAUACUCCGCGGAAACAGCACCAGCACCAGCAGCACCCACCGCCGUCCAUCCCCGCGAACGGGCAACAGGCCAACAGCCAGAAGCAGCUGUGUACCUUAUUCCCCUCAGAUGAAGGCCUGACUAUUGACCUGAAGAAUUUCCGAAAGCCUGGUGAAAAGACCUUCACCCAAAGAAGCCGUCUGUUUGUGGGAAAUCUGCCCCCAGAUAUUACAGAGGAAGAGAUGAGAAAGUUGUUUGAGAAAUAUGGCAAGGCAGGUGAAGUCUUCAUACACAAAGACAAAGGCUUUGGCUUCAUCAGACUGGAAACUCGCACUCUGGCGGAGAUUGCAAAGGUGGAGCUAGACAACAUGCCGCUACGUGGGAAGCAGCUAAGAGUGCGUUUUGCGUGCCACAGCGCAUCGCUGACAGUUAGAAACCUGCCUCAGUUUGUGUCCAAUGAGCUGCUGGAAGAAGCUUUUUCAGUGUUUGGCCAGGUGGAGAGGGCUGUGGUUAUUGUCGAUGACAGAGGACGAUCCUCUGGGAAAGGCAUCGUGGAGUUCUCAGGGAAGCCUGCUGCUAGGAAAGCUCUGGAUAGAUGUAGUGAUGGAUCUUUCCUGCUAACUACAUUCCCUCGGCCUGUCACUGUGGAGCCCAUGGAUCAGUAUGAUGAUGAAGAGGGACUACCAGAGAAACUAGUCAUCAAAAACCAGCAAUAUCACAAGGAGCGCGAGCAGCCACCUCGGUUUGCACAGCCUGGCAGCUUCGAGUAUGAAUAUGCCAUGCGCUGGAAGGCUCUCAUAGAGAUGGAGAAGCAGCAGCAGGAGCAAGUGGACCGCAACAUCAAGGAGGCUCGAGAGAAGCUGGAGAUGGAAAUGGAGGCAGCUCGCCACGAGCACCAAGUGAUGCUCAUGCGGCAAGAUUUAAUGAGGCGCCAGGAAGAGCUCAGGAGAAUGGAGGAGUUGCAUAAUCAAGAAGUACAAAAACGUAAACAGUUGGAACUCAGGCAGGAGGAAGAACGCAGGCGCCGUGAGGAGGAGAUGAGGAGACAGCAAGAAGAGAUGAUGAGGCGCCAGCAGGAAGGCUUCAAAGGGAACUUUGCUGAUGCGAGGGAGCCUCCAGACAUGCGGAUGGGGCAGAUGGGUAUGGGAGGUACUAUUGGCAUGAACAAUAGAGGAGCCAUGGGUGCUGCCAGUGUCCCAGCUGCUGCACCUCCUGCGACUGGUCCUGGAGCCAUGAUACCUGAUGGAGCCAUAGGAAUGACUCCUCCACCACCAGCAGAUCGCUUUGGACAGAGCAGCGCAAUGGAAGGCCUUGGAGCCAUGGGAGGCAACCCCCCUGCCUUCAACAGAGGAAACCCAGGGGGGGACUUUGGCCCUAAUAAGCGUCGCAGAUACUAAUAGGAUUAAGCUAUCCCCUGCACGCACCCCAAAGAGGGAAGUAUCUUGGCAGGCCACACAGGGCUCAGCUUGGGGAGGGGGAGAUACUAAAAAUAAUUAAUCAGGGCUUAUUUUGAUAAAGCCACUCUGGGACAAGGGGAGUGCAGUUGGACUGGUAAGGGGGUUAGAAAAUUUCUUGUGGUGCAUUCCUGUAAUUUCAAUGUGAAAACAGAUUCUGAGAGGCUGUUGUGUUGGCUAAGUAACACUGAAAUCUGGUGAGGGCCCUGAUGCCGUGACUGCCAGGUUUCCUGUUUGCAGCCAGAGUCCUGAGGCUUAGUUAGAUAAACUUGCAGUAUGUUUUGGAUUUGUUAGUGUAGAGGAUUUUGCUUAAGAGCACAGGGAAGUCUCUGGAGAACUAGGGCAGCAUCUGGGUACUUGGCAGCUCCCGUGGUCCCCUGUAAUUUACAUAGUCCCAAAUGAUCCAUCACGUAGUGAACUGGGGGAGAUUUUAUGUUGUGGGUUUUUUUUAUUACUAUUAUUCUCCUAACUUGUAGUUACUCUUUUUAUCUGGACCAGCUCUUCCUUUCAAAUAGUUGACUGUCAGGGGCAGCCUGUGCAGGCUGUGAGGCUCUUGUUUGGAUGGGGUUUUUGAUAACGUGUUGUAUCGCUGUUUAUUUUUACUCGUAGUAAAGUACAAUCUAUUGGACGAAGAUUCUGUAUCUCAUGAUUUAACUGAAGAUUUAACUGAAAAAAAAAAAGUUUGUAUAAUCCUAACCUUGCCUGUCUUUUGUGUAGCAGUACUACAGGAUUUUUUCAUUUAGUGUAAACUGUUUGAACACAAGCUGUAAUUGUCCCACUAACAAGUCUGAGUUUGAGGAAUGUUCCAGGAAUGCAUUAUUAAAGUGGAUUUUAAGCUUUUUUUA